AUGUCUCGAAUUCAGAUUUCAAUCGAUCGUGGUGGAACUUUCUGCGAUAUCUGGGCCAAUAUCCCUGGUCAACGGGAAAUGGUCUUCAAAAUCCUCUCCGAAGACCCAUCUAACUAUCCGGAUGCUCCUGCUGAAGGUAUCCGAAUGGUUCUCGAGAAAUCCACCGGGAAUAAAAUCCCCCGAGGAUCCAAGUUGGAUGGGUCUCUUAUUGAGUGGGUUCGUAUGGGAACAACUGUUGCUACCAAUGCUUUGCUUGAACGUAAGGGUGAAAAAUUCCUUUAUUUGACCACCAAGGGCUUUGAGGACGUGCUUGAAAUCGGCACCCAGGCUCGUCCGGAGCUCUUCAAUUUGCGUGUUGCUGCAAAUGAGACCUUGUUUGACAAAGUCGUCGGCGUGGAUGAGCGUAUCACUGUGGAAACGUCUUCUGACGAUCCAAACCCUCAGCCUAUCGAUAAGACUGACCCUUCUGUGAAGGAGACUGCAUCUGGUACGUUUAUCCGAGUUCUAAAGCCUCUAAAUGAAUACCAGGUUACUUCAGACCUUGAAAAAGCUUAUGCUGAAGGAUACAAAUCCUUAGCUAUCUGUUUUGCUCACUCCUAUCUAUGGAACAAACAUGAAAGGAUCGUCGCACAGAUAGCACGACGUAUUGGAUUUAAGUUUGUGUCGAUCUCUUCGGAAGUGUCCAGAACAAUUAGUUACUUGCACCGAGGAAACUCUACUUGCAUAGAUGCCUAUCUUACUCCUCACGUUCAAGGUUACGUUGACCAGUUUCUCUCUUCCUUUGCUGCUGGAACUGUUCCUGAGGUCCAAUUUAUGCAGUCAAAUGGAGGUCUUGCCGAUGCUCGUGCUUUCAAGGGUAUCAAUGCCAUUCUCUCUGGUCCUGCGGGUGGUGUGGUCGGUGUUAGAGAGACCUGCUUUGAGAACACUCCGUUAGUUGGCUUCGAUAUGGGUGGUACUUCUACCGAUGUGUCUAGAUGUGAUGGUUCAGACCUUGAUAUCUCCUUUGAUAACAAAACAGCAGGUUUGGAUAUCUCGGCUCCCCAGUUACGUAUCCAUACUGUGGCUGCUGGUGGUGGCUCUAUUUUGCGUUGGCAGAAAGGCUUGUUCCGUGUAGGUCCUGAAUCUGCAGGCUCCGAUCCCGGUGCUGCAUCUUACAGAAAGGGAGGUCCUCUUACUGUCACAGAUGCCAAUUUAUUUCUAGGAAGGUUGGUUGUUUCUGAAUUUCCACAUAUAUUUGGAAAAUCAGGGAAAGAGCCUCUUGACGUCGACAUAGUUCGUCAGAAGUUUGAAUCUCUGGCCCAGCAGAUUGCUGUAGAUACGAAUAGUACCCAUAUGACUGCUCAUGAGGUGGCAUUAGGAUUUUUGCGGGUAGCCAACGUUAAAAUGGCCAACUCAAUAAGAGAAAUCACCGAAUCUCGUGGUUAUGCUGCCAAGGAUCAUAUUUUGGUGUCCUUUGGAGGCGCUGGCUCUCAAAAUUGUACCGCUGUGGCACGUAACUUGUCCAUUUCCAGAGUACUUAUUCACAAAUACUCCUCUGUUUUAUCAUCUUAUGGUAUCGCUAGGGCUCGCGUGGCUCGUGAAUUGAAGUCUCCGUUUAUUUCCGAAUACCAGAGCACCCCAGUUCUCAAGCAGGAGGCUUCAAGUGUCAUCAACGACUUGCAGUCAAAAAUCAGUCACGAGUUAACUACCACCCAAGGAUUUUCUAAGGAUCAAGUUGAGUAUUCUAUCAGUAUUGGAAUGCGAUAUCGUGGCUCUAAUACAGUCUUUGAGGUUUCAUUCCAGGCGGAUGAUCUCAAGCAGGCUUUCUUAAAGAUUCAUCUUCGUGAAUUCGGUUUUAUCUUACCUGAUAGCACCCCUAUAUUUGCUCAGACCGUCUCUGUUCAGGGUAGAUCUAAGGAGAAAGAGCAUAAUUCUGUAGAGAUCUCUCAAAGUCUUGCUUCAGCUGUCUCUAGAAACCAUCUCAUCUCCUCGGAAGGUCAUAUCUAUCAGCCUGUCUAUUUUGAUGGUGCUCAUCCAGUGGAAACUCCAGUCUACAGACUUCCAGAGCUUCAAUCGGGUGAUAGAUUACAAGGUCCCGCCCUUAUAGUUGAUCCUACACAGACCAUACUAGUAGAACCGGGAACUAUAGCCACCAUUUUACCUUCUCAUGUAGUCUUAGACCUCUCUAGUCAAAUUAAUGACGAGAACUAUAUUGGCCGUGAUGAUAAAGACACAGUGAGCGCCGAGACGUCUCUUUCCAAGGCCGAUCCGGUGCUUCUUACCGUUUUUGGCCAUAGAUUCAUGGGUAUAGCGGAAACCAUGGGACGUACUUUGCAGAGAACGUCUGUUUCUACGUCCAUUAAAGAACGUUUGGACUUUUCUUGCGCUAUUUUUGGUCCUGAUGGCUCUUUAGUGGCCAAUGCUCCUCAUAUUCCAAUCCAUUUGGGUUCUAUGCAGUAUGCGAUUCAAUAUCAACACAAAUUAUGGUACGGAAAGUUGAAACCAGGUGACGUUUUGGUAUCCAAUCACCCUGAAGCAGGUGGUACCCACCUACCAGACAUCACGGUGAUUACUCCAGUGUUCCACAAGGGAGAGGUUGUCUUUUAUGUGGCUUCAAGAGGUCAUCAUGCAGAUAUAGGAGGUGCCGGUAUAACGGCAAUGUCCCCAAAUACCAAGCAGCUUUGGCAGGAAGGUGUUUCCAUUAAGAGCUUCAAACUUGUCAGUGAAGGUCGAUUCAAUGAGAAAGGAAUAGUCAAACUCUUCAUGGAGGCGGGAAAUCAUCCUGGUUGCUCGGCCACUCGAAAGAUAAACGACAACUUAAAUGAUCUUCGGGCACAAGUCAGUGCCAAUCAGAAGGGUAUUCGUCUUGUUGAGGCCUUGUUUGAUGAAUACGGUAAAGGUUUUGUUCAGUUUUACAUGGCAGCUAUUCGGCGUAAUGCAGAGGUGGCUGUUCGAGACUUCUUCAAGGAGCAGUAUCAAGUUCAUGGUGGUAAACCUCUACAUGCCAUUGAUUACUUUGAUGAUGGAAUCCCUGUUGAGUUGACUAUUACAUUCGAUGGUGACAAAGGUGAAGCUUUGUUUGACUUUACAGGAACGGGUCCCGAGGAGUAUGGUCCCAUGAAUACCCCUCCUUCCAUCACUUACUCGUGUGUCAUCUAUGCUGUUCGUUGUAUGAUCGAUUUAGAUAUUCCUCUCAAUCAGGGUUGUCUUGCACCAUGCCAUAUCUCUAUACCUAAGGACUCAAUUCUCAACCCAAGUGGUGAUGUGGCCAUCUGUGGAUCCACCAUUUCCGGCCAGCGAAUUACUGAUGUCAUUCUCAAGUGCUUUGGUAUUGCUGCUGCUUCUCAAGGUGAUGCCAAUUCGUUUGGAUGGGGUCGUGGUGGUAAGGAUCCUUACACGGGUGAGAUUAAACCUGGUUUUGCUACUGGUGAAGCUCUUGGUGGAGGAGUGGGUGCCAUGAAUGGUUACAAUGGUGCUUCUGCUAUGAAUGUUCACUGUACAAACACCAAGACAACCGAUAUAGAAGUUGUGGAGACACGUACUCCCGUCGUCGUUACCAAAUGGUGCAUUCGCCGUGGUUCUGGUGGUCAUGGUAAAUGGGUUGGUGGUAACGGUGCCACCAGGGAGCUCGAAGCUCGAGUUCCGUUACGCAUGUCUAUCCUUUCUGAGCGAAGAAUAUAUCAUCCUUAUGGUAUGAAGGGAGGAGAGCCUGGUGAAUGUGGUUCUAAUUAUUGGUUCAGAAAACAGGCUGAUGGAUCGUUUGUUCAGACACAUUUGAACGCUAAGGAAAUCAUCUACGUUGCUAGUGGUGACCGUGUCCAGAUAAACACUCCCGGUGGAGGUGGUUACGGUAAGGCCGUAAAUUGA